AUGCAUCGACUUUUUGCUGAGCUGGAGCCAUCUGUAACCGUCACCGAGCAAAACCUGGCAGACCGAGUUCGGUAUAUCUUGCGCUCAAAUAUAUUUGUUGACGUCGAACUCGAACAACUACGACGUAAGGCUGUUCCCUCAUCAAAUGAAAAUGCUACGGCUGAGGAUGCGGUGCCACAAGUUGCAGAACAACCCGCACACGUGGAUAUCGCCGUAAAUACCCCAGUGGUGGCUGAUUCACAUGAUGAUGGAACAUUAGCCCAGGAACUAGAAAUAGAGCAAAUGAGGAGUACAUUGGAAGAGGCGAUUAUGGAAACACGCAGUACGCCUCUCGAAAAUCGACCGCGACUUCCCCGCAUAGCCCUAACAAAUACAAGUAGAACAGGCCCAACACCGAAUCAGGCCGACGCUAUAACAUUCUGGCGCGACCUGUGGUCAGAGCCCGUAAACCACAUCGAAGGCUCUUGGACGGAAGUUAUGGCGAGUCAGUGUGCGAGUAUAACGCCCAUGGACCCCGUCAUUAUAACGCCGGAUGACGUAGCCGAUGCGGUCCGUAGGGCCCCGAACUGUAAAAGUCCGGUACUUGACGGGCUGCAUCAAUAUUGGCCGAAGGAGUUUGUGGAGGCAGUACUUACAGAAGCAGAAGACUGCCGUCGUUUCGCUUGGCAGAACUUGUUUUACAUUAGCAAUUAUUUCGACGGCACAUUAUGCAUGAUACAUACUUGGUACUUAGCGGCUGACAUGCAACUAUACUGCCUAGGUGUUUUCAUCUGCUUAAUGGUGACAAACAGCACUGUUAGAAAAGUAGUGCUGUCGGUACUGUUCGCAGCUGGUGUAAUGAUUCCUGCUGUUGUAACAUAUGUAAAGGAUCUAGACGCUGUUUUUAUAAUUUCGCCUGAAACAUGUGUUAACUACUUUAUCAAGAACCCAACUUUCAACCAUAUCUAUAAACGAGGGCACACCAACUUGGCAGGUUUCAUUAUUGGCUUAAGCAUGGGAUAUAUUACUUAUCAUUUAUUACGUAUGGGCUUUAAUGUCGAGAAGUAUAAGAAACGUCUGUGGAUAUACCAACUAUUAUUCCCCACCUGGAUUCUAAUAACAUGGUUGGGAAGUGUUUUUUACCGCGACGCUCCUCGUGAUUCCAUCUAUAUCAGAGCUUUAUACGCUGGCAUCGUGAAGCCUAUUUUAACUUUGUUGAUGGGGUUGUUUAUACUGGGAGCUAUUUUCAAAUGUGACAAAACAUAUCGAAGUAUAUUAGAAUGGCGCAGAUGGGUCACACCAGCCCGGCUGUCGUACAGCGCGUAUGUUAUACACAUAUUAGUCAUCCGUACAUACAUGGGCACUUUUGAAACACAAACGAAUGCGCUGUUCAUUCACAUUUCAAAAAACGCCCUCCAUUCUCAAAACAAGAUUUAUACAAGCAUAUCUAUGGUGAUGGUGAGCUUCCUUCUUGCAACGCCGUUGUGGUUACUAGUGGAAGCACCAGCGAAUGAACUAGUCAAAAUGACCUUUUCAUUACUAAUUGGCGCUCAGGAGACGAAGAAGACUGAUUCAGAUAUAACAAUGAAAAGCGAAGUCUAA